UCAGUUUCGAUUCCGAAAAACAUCUUGACAUGAUGUCGCUACUAUAUGAGGAUAUUGUUAAGUUCGUCGCGAAUAACCUUAAAUGCUCCAUAUGUAUGGAGAUUUUCACAAAGCCGGUUACACUCGUUUGUGGGCAUAACUAUUGUCAGAAGUGCAUUAAUGCAUGUUGGGCAAAGAGCAGCGGAAAGAGAGAUUGUCCACACUGCCGGGCAGAUGUAAGCAGUAGUAAACUAGAGAUGAAUUUCACUCUUUGUGACAUUCUGGAAUUAGAGGACCUUGGUGGUCGCGAGAAAUGGGAGCAAAUUCUGGCAGAAACAGACCAAGCUGAAACGCAACACCCUCGGAGAACAAAAGUGGAUAGUUUAACAAAACGUCUGGAUUGGUUAAAGGCUGAGAUCGAAAACACGGAAGAUACACUUUCAGCUGAGCUAAAUUCAAAUCAGGCCUCUGGGGAUGAUUUAGGCAUUUACAAUUCCUGCAUUGUUUCGAUGGAUGUUUCCAGUUCAUCUUUAGACAGUGAUGCUUCAAGUUGUUAUGCAGGCGGAAGUUUUAGUCUGCAAUCAGUGGAUCACCAGGAACUACCUUCUCAGUCUGAAGAGGAGAGUUCACAGGAGUUUGUAGAGGAGGCUCCAGAGAAUUCAGAAUCUCUGUUUGAGGAUGCCCAUCUCACUCCCAGUGCAGUAGUGCAGCAGCACAACAGUGACAGUGCUGAGGCUGCUCUUCAUGCAGAGUUCGUUGAGCUUUCCUUUUCUCCCCAGCUGGGAAACAGACGGCUGAUUUUUCACACAGAGAGCCGUACAGUGGAAAUACAACUGGGGCGCCAAGCAAGAACAUCACACGGGCGUUUUGAUGCCUGUCAGUGGAUGGCGGACCAGGAAUUUAGAGAAGGGUGGGUUUACUGGGACGUGGACCCCACAUUCAGCACUGCAUGGGCUGUUGGUGUGGCGAAACCCAGUCUGAUGCGUAACGAGAGAUUGGGAAGAACUUCCUCAUCUUGGUGUUUGGAGUGGAGCAGUGGGAAACUGAAUGCUUGCCACAAUAAAAUAAAGACCUCUGUUAAGCAUAGCAUCCCUAAUGGGAUCAGAGUCAUUCUGGACAUGGCAAAAGGACAGUUGUCCUUUCAGAAUCUGUGUGAUAGUCUGCUUGAAUUACACAGUUUCCAAGUGGAUUCCUCUGGCCCUCUCACACCUGUCUUCUGGAUUUGUGGACUGUCACACAAUGCCUUAACCUUUCCUAGACAUUGAGUUAAGGAUAACGUAGAUCUGUAGCAUUUACAAUAUACCUUAUACACUCCAGUUUGUUUACAGAAUAUGUAUUCUAUAUAAAAGAAUCUUGUAUUUCAUUUUUAUGAACCAUAAUUUACAACCAUAAUUAUUCUAUAGGACUAAAGAAUGUCCCUUUUUUGCUAUCCUAAUUAUUUCUACAAUUUUGGAUUGUGAUACUGCUAAUUGUUAGCUCCUUCAUGAUGAUUUUUCUUCAUUGUAUUUUGGGUACUUUAGAUAAAAGUUAAAGAAUAGCCUACACGCAUGCAAAUGUCCUGCUGAUUGCUGUAAUAUACUGUAAUCUUAAUGGUUAA